AUUACUAGGCAUUUCAUCCUGCGGAUCUGCAGUCUGUGCUGUUUAGAUUAUUGCUUGGUAGGAAUACUGCUGCUGGUUGGAUUUUGUUAAGGUGUUCUUCAAAGAUUUUUUUUAAGGCACUAGGUUUUUCUAUUGCUUGUAAUGUCAUCUGCAUCAGAAAUCCUGAAUUAGUGACAGAAAUUUGGAUAAAUGCAGCAUUCAGCUUGUCACCUAGAAGCUCAGCAUGGACACAGAUCUUCAAAUAGAGAACUUGGCAGAAGAUAAUGCUUGGAACCUGAUUUUUAAUCUUAUCACCCUGCUUUUUUUACAUUGGUCUGAAUGAAGGCUAUAAGGGGAGGUCUGUUCAUACAGUGAUCAAAAGAAGCACUCGAGUGAUGAACCUGGAAGAAGAGUCUAAAGCAAUAAUUCAACUGCUUGUGCUUUGGUAUUUUGCUAAAGUAUUUUGUCAUUUUGCCUUCCGUGUUCCCUGUUGGAGCAGCUAGAGCAACGGCCUGAUGGUGGAGAACAAAUGUUCUGCUUUGCUUUUCUGACUAACGGAGUAAAGGACUCUUUGUUACAUUCUCUUGGGGAAUCUGGAUCAAACAAGCAAUAUUAUUAUUUGAGUCUCAUUGUCCUUUGUUGUCUGACUCAUCACAUGUAAAUGUACUGCAGCCUAGCAGUAUGUUGCAGGGAUUUUUACACAGAGAAGAAAUGUCACCCUUGGAGCUCUAGUUCUGAAUAGCUGCUAAUAGAUUACAUUUCUGUGGUGAAUUUCUAAUAGAAAGGCAAAUGAAAUUGCUGAUUGUAGAAUUAUUAUGAACCAGAACACUUGGGGCAGUCAUGUAUGCAUUUUUAAAAAAUAGAAUACCUGCUACUGUUAACUGAAGACUGACCUUGCUGUGUGGUGAGAGCAGUGAUAAUCUCUGCCAGAGCAAUUGUCUCUUAUUUCAUGCUGCACAGAAUGGUGUUAGGUUGUCUGUAAGAAUGAUAUUACUGUUUUGAUAACUGCAUUUUCUAAACAUCAAAGAUCCGACUGGAUUGGUUAAAAGUAGAAAAUAUUUGUACAUACUGCCAUUAUUUCUACUUUGGUAUUAAUUUAAAACUGCCAAUUUAGUACUUGAGUGUUAUAAAAUAAGAGCAGAACUACUUUAUGGACUUUUUGGGAAAUUUAAUUAGCUGAAUAUCUCAGGUUACUGAAUUUGACAAAUAAGUUAUAGUUCAGUUGCAUUACUUAAAGAUAUAACAGCAAUACUUUUUGUAAAUUAUGUUUAAGAGGGAAAGAACUUUCUGUGCUAUCUUAGCUGUCAUUAGAACAAAGCUGUUACGAAUCUAGUUUUUCUUCUUCUAACGGAUCGAAUGAGUCGAGUGUGUAUUGUUGUUUUGGAGGAGGUGGAAGAUGAUUCUCCCACAUCUGUUUCCAAACUGCCUCAGGAAAGCAUAGCUCUAUAUCGUUCACGUGCAGGACAUGGCUUGCCUCUACUUGUUCAAGCUAUUUUUAAUGGGGACCCUGAUGAAGUUCGUGCACUAAUUUUUAAGAAGGAAGAUGUCAACUUUCAGGAUAACGAAAAACGGACCCCAUUACAUGCUGCUGCAUAUCUGGGAGAUGCAGAAAUUAUUGAACUACUUAUUUUGUCUGUAUUCUUGUUUAUAUUUGCAGGAGCUAGAGUUAAUGCCAAAGACAGCAAAUGGUUGACUCCUUUACACAGAGCUGUUGCAUCUUGUAGUGAGGAUGCUGUGCAGGUGUUGUUGAAGCACUCAGCAGAUGUCAAUGCACGUGACAAAAAUUGGCAAACACCCCUACACAUAGCAGCUGCAAAUAAAGCAGUCAAGUGUGCAGAAGCCUUGGUGCCACUUCUUAGUAAUGUAAAUGUGUCGGAUCGUGCUGGUAGAACAGCAUUGCAUCAUGCAGCCUUCAGUGGACAUGCUGAGAUGGUCAGUUUAUUAUUAUCUAGAGGUGCCAAUAUUAAUGCCUUUGACAAGAAGGACAGGCGAGCUAUCCAUUGGGCAGCUUAUAUGGGUCAUAUUGAUGUGGUAAAACUGCUUGUAGCCCAUGGAGCAGAAGUAACCUGUAAAGACAAGAAAUCAUAUACACCUCUACAUGCUGCAGCUUCUAGUGGAAUGAUUAGUGUGGUCAAGUAUCUUCUAGAUCUUGGAGUUGAUAUGAAUGAACCAAAUGCAUAUGGGAAUACACCUCUUCAUGUUGCUUGUUUCAAUGGGCAAGAUGUUGUAGUAAAUGAACUGAUAGAUUCUGGUGCUAAUGUAAAUCAAAUGAAUGACAAGGGAUAUACGCCUUUACACUUUGCUGCAGCAUCAACCCAUGGAGCAUUGUGUUUAGAACUUCUAGUUUGUAAUGGUGCAGAUGUGAAUAUGAAGAGUAAAGAUGGGAAAACACCAUUGCACAUGACAGCAAUUCAUGGAAGAUUUUCCAGAUCUCAAACAAUCAUCCAGAAUGGAGCUGAAAUAGACUGUGAAGAUAAGAAUGGAAACACACCUUUGCACAUAGCAGCCAGAUAUGGCCAUGAGCUGCUCAUCAACACAUUAAUCACAAGUGGUGCUGACACUGCAAAACGGGGUAUACAUGGAAUGUUUCCUCUCCAUCUGGCAGCAUUAAGUGGAUUUUCAGACUGUUGCAGAAAGCUACUUUCAUCAGGCUUUGACAUAGAUACCCCAGAUGAUUUUGGCAGGACUUGUCUUCAUGCAGCUGCAGCUGGAGGGAAUUUGGAGUGCCUAAAUCUGUUGCUCAACACAGGUGCAGACUUUAAUAAGAAAGACAAAUUUGGAAGAACUCCUCUUCAUUAUGCUGCAGCCAACUGUAAUUACCAGUGCCUGUUUGCUCUUGUGGGUUCUGGAGCUAGUGUAAAUGAUCUUGAUGAGAGGGGUUGCACACCACUGCAUUAUGCUGCUGCAUCAGACACUGACGGAAAGUGCCUGGAAUACUUACUACGAAAUGAUGCAAAUCCAGGGAUUCGAGAUAAACAAGGAUACAAUGCAGUUCAUUAUUCUGCUGCUUAUGGUCAUCGAUUAUGCCUUGAAUUGAUUGCCAGUGAAACACCUCUAGAUGUUUUAAUGGAAACAUCAGGAACUGACAUGCUCAAUGAUUCAGACAAUAGGGCACCAAUUAGUCCGUUACAUUUAGCUGCUUAUCAUGGACACCAUCAAGCUCUGGAAGUGUUAGUGCAGUCUUUGUUGGAUCUAGAUGUCCGGAAUAAUAAUGGAAGAACACCUUUGGAUCUUGCAGCUUUUAAGGGACAUGUUGAAUGUGUGGAUGUACUCAUUAAUCAGGGAGCAUCUAUUUUGGUGAAAGACUAUGUUGUUAAAAGAACACCAAUUCAUGCAGCAGCUACAAAUGGUCAUUCAGAAUGCUUGCGGUUGUUGAUAGGAAAUGCAGAGCCACAAAAUGCUGUAGACAUUCAAGAUGGAAAUGGACAGACUCCUCUAAUGUUGUCUGUUCUCAAUGGUCACACAGACUGUGUCUAUUCACUGCUUAAUAAAGGAGCAAAUGUAGAUGCCAAAGAUAAAUGGGGAAGAACAGCAUUACACAGAGGGGCAGUUACUGGACACGAGGAGUGUGUAGAAGCACUUCUUCAGCAUGGUGCAAAGUCUGUAUUACGAGAUUGCAGAGGACGGACACCUAUACAUCUGUCAGCUGCAUGUGGACAUAUUGGGGUAUUAGGGGCGCUCUUACAGUCAGCAGCAGCUGGGGAUGUGAUACCUGCCUUAGCAGACAAUCAUGGAUAUACAUCAUUGCACUGGGCCUGUUACAAUGGUCAUGACAGUUGUGUGGAACUUCUUCUGGAGCAGGAGGUUUUCCAGAAAAUGGAAGGAAAUCCUUUCAGCCCGUUACAUUGUGCAGUGAUAAAUGAUAACGAGGGUGCUGCAGAAAUGUUAAUCGAUACCCUUGGUUCUGGCAUUGUAAAUUGCACAGAUGCAAAAGCAAGAACGCCCCUUCAUGCAGCAGCCUUUACAGACCACGUAGAGUGCUUACAGCUUUUGCUUAGCCAUAAUGCACAAGUAAACACUGCAGAUUCUUCCGGGAAGACCCCCCUUAUGAUGGCAGCAGAAAAUGGUCAAACAAAUACAGUUGAGGUGUUGGUUAGCAGUGCAAAAGCUGAUCUGACCUUGCAAGACAAAUGUAAAAACACUGCACUGCAUUUGGCUUGCAGUAAGGGUCAUGAAACUAGUGCCUUGUUAAUAUUAGAGAAGAUUACAGAUAGAAAUCUCAUCAAUGCUACAAAUGUAUCAUUGCAAACGCCUUUGCAUGUUGCGGCUCGAAACGGAUUGACAAUUGUAGUUCAGGAACUCUUAACGAAAGGAGCAAGUGUACUUGCAGUAGAUGAAAAUGGAUACACACCAGCUUUGGCCUGUGCUCCCAAUAAGGAUGUGGCUGAUUGCCUAGCUCUUAUUCUGGCCACAAUGAUGCCUGUUUCGUCAAGCAGUACGUUACCUUCUCUUACAUUCAAUGCCAUUAAUCAUUAUACGAACACCUCAAAAACUGUUAACUUCGAUUCUUUGCCAGUUAUCAGGAGUGAACAUAGUUCUUACUGUAGUUUCAACAACAUUGGGAGGGAAGAUGGCUACCCAUAUACAGAAGAAGAUGAACUUAAUGACUCAGAUUCUGAAACUUAUUAAGAAAAACUCCACUAGAGGUUUAAAGAGUGAACUUGCUGAAUUUCAAGUUGUGUUGGAGAAGGCAGUCUUGUUGAAAAUAAAAAGGACAUCCUGAAAAGAUGCUUUUUAAACAUUGUCUGGGUACACGUGAAACAUUUGUGGGACUCCCAAAAGACUUUUCAAAACAAGUUAUGCAAAGAAAAUGCUUGGAAUCCACGGUGCAAAAAAUUACAUAGAAUGUUAUUUGCAGUGUACUGGGUGCCAUGAAUAAUCCCAGCAAGGUUGAGCAGCACUGUCUGUAUAAACGAAUACACAGUUAGACAACAAAGAGGACAAUAGAAUUAAAUGCUACCAAUAAAACUAAGACCAUUUUGAAGGCAAUAAUUGAGUUUGGUACAGAAGGCAUUGUUUGUGCAGCAAAUUGCCAAAGGACCAAAUAACUUACUUUUCUAAUUAAAGAAAAUUUUUUUGAGAAAACUUGAAUAGUUUAAAUAAGUAAUAGUCUUAACCAACCCUUAAAUUAGUUCUAUUAAUCUUGAAUUUGGUUUUAAAUGUUGAUAUGUUUUUAAUCAUUUAACAGCCUUCCAACACUAUUAAAUGAAACAUAAAGUGCAAACAGUAUUUCCAGUUUGUUUUUCUUUUGAAUAAAAUGGAAAAAAAACUUUUAGUCUUAAGUACUGAAGCUGUAACUAGCUUAACCAUGAGUAGUCAGGGCAGAAUGUGUACAGAAUAAAGGAUGGGAAGACAUUCAUGUAGUCAUUUAUUGCAUAGCUUUCUUUUGUUUACCAAAAAUCCCUGCUGUUUUAAAGAUAUAUUUUUAUUCAAAAUACAACAUGGGUAGUUAUUUAGGCAAGUGAAACUGCAUCAGAAACAAAAUGGCAAUAUCCUGAUGCCCUGGUAAGCUGCCUUAGCGAAACUAAAUUUUCUACAACUUGCCCAGUCUUCUACAUCAUAAAGUGAAAUGGUGUAUGUGCCUCUCUAUGUAUAAUUUUUUUAACCCUGAGGUUUUUAAGGCACAGCAUGUGGUAGGUGGGACAGGUUGCAAUCAACUAUUAAAAGAUAUAGUGUUGAAUCGUUGGGAAAUAUAUAAACUGCUUCAGUUUACAAUUUAUCAAACGAUAUCGGUCCCUCUGCCGUAAUAAAAACUUGUCCUGAGUUUGUCUAUAAUAGGCUACUGAAAAAAAAGUUUUUAAAAUGGCAUUUUUCCUGACAUCUAAAUUGAAGUUUGAUAUUUGCUUUAUUUCAUUCUGCUUUAAUUGAAAAGUAAUUGUUGAUUUAUUACCUGGUUAUGUACAUGCAAGAACGCCUUGCAUGUUGAAGUAAAAAACACUCUGAUCCAAACCUUAUUUUAUCCUCUUUUUUGUAUUGUGAAACUGGAAACCUUAUUGCUGUUGUAAAUUAUCAGCUUGUUUUCUGAACAUAGUGUGGAAACACAGGACAGUAUUUUGAUCUAUUUGAUAAUUUUGUGGGUUUUUGAAAAAUUAAUGAGCAUGUACAUAGAAAUAGCGACUGCUUGAAUACUGUAUUUACUUGCAUUCUUUCAGUACAUCAAGAUUCCUGUGUAUAUUUUACAGAGUAUAAUAAAACCCAGAUGUGAGAGUUGUA